AUGCGAUACCAAAAGAGCUCUGCGGAACCCAGCCAGAACUCGCUGCAUCGAUACUACCACGCCAACGGGGCCAGCACUUCAUCCACUACGAGCAAGAAGGACAAGGCGCCCUAUGCCCUUGUCACUGGGUCGACCGGCGGCAUCGGCGAGGAGUGGGUGCACCAGCUCGCUGCUCUCGGCUUCAAUGUCAUAGCGCAAGGACGCAACGAGUCGAAGCUACAACUCGUCCGCUCAGCAGUUCUCGCUCGCUAUCCUGCCGUCGACGUUCGCCUUCUCGUUACUGAAGCCACCAUCUGGCCAAACGAGCCCCUGGUCACUGGCCUCACCGCUCUUGUCGAGGAUGACCCGUCCGUACGCCUCACGAUCGUCAUCAACAACCUCGGGACCGUCUCCACUGGCUUUCCGAUGCUGGAAGAAGAGUCUAGUGAGAGCGUGGCCGCCGUCAUCACCAGCAACGCCAUCUUUCCAGCAGAGAUAGCGCGCAUCUGCCUCCCUGCCUUGAAGCGCCACCAACCUUCACUCCUCUGCACCGUCACCUCGCUGGGCGCGUGGAAUCCGCCACCAUAUCUCAGCCCCUACGCUGGCACCAAAGGCUUCGACGUAGCAUUCUCCCGCUCCCUCUGGAACGAGAUGGCCAUCGAACGCCAAGAUGUCGACGUCGUCUGCCUUGCGCCCGGCCAAGUCGUCUCGGGAAUGCACAAAUACCCACCAACACUCAUGGCCCCACUCGCCUCCGUCUGGACAGAGAGCGCUGUCGCUGCCUUGCGCAGCACAUGGUGGCGGCCGCGUCCUCCUCCUGUGGUGAUCCCGUAUCGCUGGCACUACUGGGGCCAGAUGCUUGGGCAGUGGAGCCCAAGCUGGUUGAGUGAUACAGUGGCGAGGAAGAUCGCGGUGCAGCUGAAGGCUGAUUAUUGGGAGCAAGCUGAAAGGGAGACGGUGGACAAGAAGUUGCUUUGAUGCGCGACCACCGUCUCAUUUCAGGAGAGCACGAGCGGCAAACCCUAUUCAUCUACAUUUUUGUGACUCCUGGAGAGCUAAUAGAUACCAUUAUAAUCAGC